AUCUAUCUAUCUGCCUGAAACUAGGUAGGUAGAUCACCACACAUAAUCCCACAUAAAAUAUCCAACCAUGGCAUUCUCUCGCACCAUCAUCCCCGCCGGCCGGGCAAUCCUGACCAGGGCCAGCGCCAACACGCUCCCGCGCCAGUUUGCAGCGCAGUCGCUGCGUCGGUACGCGUCAAUCGGGGAUUCGCAACCCCCAAAGUCGCCUUUUGACGGCGACGACAAGGAAAAGGCCGACCUGGUGAACAAGCUCAGAUCUGAACCGUGGGUCAAGGAGGCCACGGGCAAGAUUGCGCAGAACCCCAACGCCGUAAAGGCCAUAAUGGAGUUUGAGCAGAUCCUCAAGGCCAAGGGAUAUGACUUUCGUGCUGGCCAGCAGCCGUCCAAGUUGCAGAUGAUGAAGCUCAUGCUCGACAAGGACUUUAGAAAGGCGAUGCUCAAGCUUGCUGAGGAGAUGCAGAAGGCGGGAAUAGACGGAAACAGCCCGCAAAUGCAGGAGAUGAUGAAGCGCAUGGGCCUGGGCCAAUAAAGCGAACACCAAGUGUUUUUUGAUAUGUAAUAUUAUAUAAGAAGUCAAAUAAAGCUGAUAUUAGCAUUUUCUGCGUUUGCCUUCAUUCCGCUAGUUUCUAGUCUACUUUCUGGCCCCCAAAAUCUA